AAUUGUCGAACGAAACACUUGUCGCAAUUUAAGCUGCAUCCCCUCAUCGCCAUAUUUCAGACUUUGGACCUCCUUUUCCCGUGUGUUCCUCGCCAAACUUUAACUUUCGUUCUCCUCCUCUGCCGUUUUAACUUCACUCAAUCGAUUCCUGUUCCGAAAAUGGCAGCAGUGUCAAGCAAGGUUGUCCAACAUGUACUGGUAGCACAUUGCUGCCAGCAGGAUAGGCAGUUAAGCACUCAAUACCAAAAGGAUUGUUGUACCCCUAAUAGGCUUAACUUACUUCCCCACAUAAGGAGGAAGUUGGCAUGGACUCAAAUCUCCACCAUGCAAUUGCACACAUUCUCAAAAUUUAACCGAGGGAUUGUUUACUGCAAUGCAGCCGCAUAUGCUACCAUCUUACAACCUGUUGACAGAAGUGCUUUUCUCAAGCUUCAAAAUGGGAGUGACAUUCGAGGUGUUGCUAUAGAUGGUGUUGAGGGCGAACCUAUUAACCUCACUGAACCAGUUACAGAAGCCAUUGCAGCUGCUUUCGUUGAAUGGUUGCUGAAUAAGAAGAAGCCUGCUGCUUCUAGACAGUUGAAAGUCUCAAUAGGCCAUGAUUCACGAAUAUCCGCUCAGAAGUUACAGGAUGCUGUAUCACGAGGCUUGGCUGGUGCUGGUGUUGAAGUUAUUCAGUAUGGGUAUGUGAAGUUACCCUUACUAUGUCAUUUAUCCAGUUUUUGUAUCUCUGACACGGAACAGAAAGAAAUAAUCCAAUCACCUCUUCAAAGAUCCAGGAAAUGUGAUGAAGACGAGCUACUCUUUCCAUUGUCACAUCUUUUCAAUAUAGAGUUAAUGUUAUCAUACACUUAGAAGAAUCCACUAUUUAUGAUAGAAACAUGGAACUUUAAAUUAUAUCCCAUGAGAAUUCUGACCUGAAUGGCUGAACCCUAAUGAUUUACCCUGAUCUACUAAAUGAUGGCUUGCCACCUGUCCUUCUACACACUAGAUCUUCAAUUUUUAGUAAAUCUACAACAUUGUACAUAGAAGUACAUAUUUGAGUUCAAUGAAUGGUAGGCACAAAAACUGUAUGGAGGUUGUUGGUUUGAAGAGUUAUAGAUUUGGAGCUUGUACAUGUCAUCUCAAUUUGGUGAGGCAUG